UGUGAGCGCGCGGAUGGAGAGGCAGAGAGGGAGGGAGCGCAGAGCCAGAGAUCAUCAGCACAGCGCAGCAGAGAGCCACAGUCACACAGAGCUGUCUGAGCGGAGUGGAGGGGAGGACGCACUUUCCAUUGCGCUCCUGAGGAAAAACACGACUUGUCUGCUGAACAGUGGGGGUACAUCAGUCCCAGACACACACACACACGUACACACACAUACGCGCGUACACUCACACAGAAACAGUCAAGGGCAUAUGUGAGCUGAGUGCUUGUCCGGUGAGAAGGUUUCGAGGAGUACAUACAUCCAGCCAGGAUUCGGGGAAUUUUGCGCAAGUCAUGGCAUUUGUUUGGAAACUAAAUAAACAAUGCACUCCGCCGGCGACAACUAAUUCACAAAGAUGACUCACGGAGGGGAUGAUCGACAACGUCCAGUGGUUCAGUGGUCUUCUCUGGCGGGGCAAAGUCCGGUAAUCUGCAUGAUUCUCAACCACAGAGCGAUAAGCGUCUCUCGGUCACCUUCUGAAAUGAUGUUUUGUGGCGACGUGCGUGGCGCGCCAGAGAGCGUGUGAGUGACUGACCGAUAGUCUUUCUGAGAGAGAAAGAGAGGCUGGAUAUAAACAGCAGCCAGGCUUUCAGGCAGCGGCAGCCAGACACCCAGAGAAGCCAUCUCGCCUCUCUCCCAGCUCCUCAGACCCAUGCAGGAUGCCCGGAGAGCGCCGGGGAGUCCUGGUCCAGCUCAGACCGAGUUCAUGACGCUCUGGGCGGCCUCGUCAUGCGUCUCUUGCCCGAGCCCAGCGCCCAAUCCCUCCGGCUCCUCUUCCUCUUUAUCUUCGUGAUGGGGGUGGCCCCCUCACCGGCUCUAACAGCCGGCUGCCCCGACAGAUGCGUGUGCGACGACCAGCUGGUGGUCCAGUGCGCCGGGCAGGAGCUCACCCAGUUCCCCAAUGACCUGCCCCUGGCCACCCGGCAGCUCAUCAUCUCCAACAACCGCAUCGGGGACCUGCCGGCGCUGCAGCUCAACUACCUGUCCGAUCUGGUCUACUUGGACUGCAGCAACAACUCUCUGACCGAGAUCUCCGAGUCCACCUUCGGGAACUUGCGCAAACUCGCCUACCUGGACUUGUCUUUUAACACCCUGCUGCAGAUCGAGGACCGGACUUUCGGGCCCCUGGCGUCUCUGGUGAUGCUCCGGCUGACGGAUAACCCGAAUCUGGGGGAGAUCCACUCGGAUGCCUUCUCGGAGAACAUGGCUCUGCAGGUGCUGGACGUGAGCCGGAACAACCUGACGGCCCUCAACAUCAGCAGCCUGAUCGCCCUGCCCGCCCUGCGGUCUCUGGGGCUCAGCGGCAACCCCUGGAGGUGCGACUGUGACACGGAGGACCUCUGCCUGUGGGUACAGAUUGAAGGCUUCAAAUUCCAAGACGAGGGCCAGACAGUUUGCCACAGUCCCCCAGAGCUGGCAGGCCAGCGGUUGGCGGAGGUCGGCAUGCAGCUGCGGGCAGACUGCCACCAAGGCCUGGGCUACUGGGACUACCUCUUCUUCAUCGCCAUCGGCUUCGUCAUCUUCUCGGCCGGCACCGUGUCAGCCUGGGUGAUGGGCGUGCUCAUGGUGCUCUACGAGCGCUACAGCAAGCGGAAGAGCGAGGAGCUAGACAGUGAUGACGAGGACGAGAGGGGAGGGAUGGGCGGAGGAGGAGGAGGAGGAGGAGGAGGGGGGAACCAAGGGAACGGGGAUCUGAGCAAGUCCGGCAUGCAGGUGUGACAGACUGAUGUGAGACAACAUGAGGAGGACAGGAGGAGAGAGAGGAGGAACCAGAAGUGACGAGAGGACUCUGAGACCAAAGGCUCUGCAAUGAACCAAGAUCUGACUGUCUCUCUUUGUUACAGAGUUAGAUAUCGCAAUAUGCCCUUCAAACAUAUUGGACAGAAAGUGUGUGUGUGUGUGUGUGUGUGUGUGUGUGUGUGUGUGUGUGUGUGUGUGUGCACGUGCAUUUGUGUGUGUGUGUCUGUGAGAGAGAAAGAGAGACAGACAGAGACAGCAAUAAGGAUGACUAUGCCUUCACUUCAGGAGUACAGAAUGACCUCUGAGAUUAUUGAGAGCAAUAACCCCCAUACACACAACUACACACACACACACACACAACUACACACACACACACACACACACACACACACACAUACACUACAGAUACUUUACGGAGCUGGAUUCUCUGAGUGUACCUGCAUAGUAUGUGGAAUUCUCUUGAGCCUGUAAAUGAUGAUUAUAACAAGAUACUUUGUGUGAGUGACAAAUUCAAACACACACACACACACACACACACACACAUACACACACACACACACACACACACACACACAAUGUACAUCCAUGCAAAAUACACAAGAAGGUAAUGGGGGGUCACAAAGAGAGUGAUGCCUUAGCUCUGCUACAGUAACAAGGGAAACCCAGUAAAUAUCAGUAUUAAAAUGUGAUUUUCCUGAAUGCCUUAAGGCAACUCACUUGAAAUAGUGAACAGUCACUGUUGUCUCUUAUAGACAGAAUCUGUCCAGAAAAAGCAAAAGUACAUUUAAGAUAAUAACAGACAGGGCAAUGACAAAAUAAUGUGAAUGUAAAACAAAGAAUGAACUACAAUUCACAUAAAAUAAACAAAUAUAACCUUACAGUCUGGGGACUUGGUGGUCCAACUCGUGAGGAUUAAUAUGUUACUUUUCGAAGUUUAAAGGUACCCUGUGGAGUUUUUGAAUAUUAGUGGUGCUACUGAGCAACGUUUUGGUAAGUACAGAUCCCUUUUUGCUUCUAUCUUGUGCCCUUCUGGUACAUGUAUGAGACAGGGAUGGCUUUAUACUGAGGAGAUACCUCGUCAAGGAUCAGCGUAGCAUAUAGCAAACAUAAUUGUUGGUUUUCAAAAGAAUUCCAUAAAUCUUCUUUGUAAAUUCUGAAUGUAAACAUAAUUGUCUUUGUUGACAAGAGAACUCCACAGGGUAUCUUUUCAAGAGCAACUUGACACCAGUUUUACCAUCCUGCAGUGGUGUAGAGGUGUACUCAGGGGUGUGUCAGUACACUGUGACAUCACUGCUAGGUGUGGUUAAGUGCACAAACUGAAAACACACAUAAAAACAUUACUGAUGUCUGGUGUUUUCAGAUUUGAAACAGACUGGAAACUUAUAACUAGAGAGGGCAGGGAAACACUGAAUUUCAGCCUGGUGUUAAGUAAUUUUUAGAGGUUAUCCCCCUUGAGAGAUGGGCAGAUGAAGUCUACCUAUAGUGACACUAUGUGACUGUAUCAUAUCUUUUGUGUAUCGUUUGUGUGUUUAUCUUCAUGUUUCUGUGUGUAUAUGCUUUCCUGCGCUUUGAGCCACUCUGCAGUAGUUCCUCACUCCAGUCUAAAUGGUGUGCGACCUGCUGUAGUUGUAGAAGUGGGGCAGGUUCAUGGUCGCUGCACAUGAAGGCAGCGUCAGGGUGAUGGAGUCGGUCGUACAGCUAACGAUGACUCUACACUAUGUGACUGGACGCCUCGCUUGGUUGACCUUCAUGUUGUGCACAUACAGGCCAUAGUCUAUAGCCCAGCUGUUCAGCGUGGAAGUAAGCCUCUGGAGUGGUAGUACUGUGUAUGUUCAUGUAUGCGUGACUGUGUGUGUGUGUGUUUAAGUGGGGCAGAACGAUCAUAGAGCAUCUCUGUGAGCUGCAUGGACGAGUGAUUCAUGAGACCGGACUGAUCCGAACCCUUCCUUCUCCAUCCUGAUCCGCUUCCGCCUCGUCUGUCACGGGACGGAUGGGCGGUUAGAGAUGAUAGAUGACAAACUCUGGGUAAGAGGUGGGGUGGAGAAAGAGCAGGGUCACCAUCAGAAGCGGGCAUUCAUCCUGAUUGAUGUAUUUAGCUGCUUUAUUGAAAGACUGAUUGAUAGUUGGGCUUUCAUUCGUUUUCUGAGCUGAGUGGCUCCAAAUGCCUCGCAUGAAUGGCCAUGGAUAAAUGAUAACUCUCCAGAGGGUUUGGCAGAGCGUGUGUGUCAGUGUGUGUUUGUGCAUACAUGUGUGCAUGUUUAUGGUUAUUUCCAGCUUGGUUUAUGAUCGGUGUAUAUCUUUAUGUGAAUGCAGUAGGUGACAAUGGGUUGUUUUUUUUCUACAGGUGGGAAAUUUGUCAAACACACACUUUGUCCCUCACUCAAAUCUGCUCACUCUUUCUGUCACACAAACUAACACACACACAUAGACUACGCAAUAAAACUCAAGGGCACAGCUAAAGUCAGAGCCUGAGAACAUUAACACUCCUGUUUUGGUCGCUCUUACCAUGCAUCGCUACAUCCUCUUAUCCCCCCACCCCACCCACCACCACCACCACCACCACCUCAAUCUGACACUGUCAUCAGCUCUCACACAAUGCUGGAACACAAUCUCAAACACACACUCACACCUGGGCCUAUAAAUUAUCUUUAAAUCUUUAGGCUGUCAUUAUCAGAUCAUUUGUUCAAAGGGAGACUUAGAGGCUUUAAAAGACCUGCAGAUUGCUGGUGUCAAUCCUACUUAUGUUACAUCACAUUCAUAAAAAAGACAUUUGACCUACAGGAGCACGACCUCGCAGCUACAUACCUGGACAGAUCUCUAAACAUAACGCUUCCUGUUUGGGACUAGCAUCUCCUUUGCUUGGCUGAAUGUCGGUUUUACGCCACUGACAAAAAUAGAGCUGUUUCGCAGACAGAAAAGUCAGUCAGUCCUUAACCAGUAGUAGGUCAGAGGACAGGGGAGUCAGUCAGUGUGCCAAAAAGGAUGAGGGCGAUGUGUGUACGUGUGUUUGUGGGGAGUCAUCCUAGUGUUAACUUGUCAUAGGACAGAACACAGGACGGGGUAAAAAUAUCACUGAUCUAAGAUGAAGAGAGCUUGUGUUUUGUGUGUGUGUGUGUGUGUGUGUGUAGGAGUUGUAGGAGGAGUUUUUACAUUUAUCAUUAGUCACAUUUGACAGUGAAAAGUGACUUUUGCAGAGGAUGUGCUGUGAAUCGGUGUGAAUCUUGACGUACAGGAGACACUGCAGCUAUUGUGUGUCCUCCCCUGGAGGAAAGUGUAACGUUUUGUGGCAGAGGAGUUCAAAAAAAAAAAAAAAUUGAAUGUUGUUGCUCAGAAAAUCAUUGCCGAGGGCGGUGUUCUGGAUGUGGCUGGCGUAAGCAAGUGAUGAAUAUGAGGGAGGGGCUGCGUUGUAACUUCUCCCCUCCUCUUGUCAUCUCUUGAUACGUGUGUGUGUGUGUGUGUGUGUGUGUCUGUUUCAUGCACACAUUAUGACGCAGAGGAGAAAACAUCAUUAGCCUGCUGAUCAGAGAUCAGAGGUGCUGUAUUGGCUCGCUGUUAGAGCUGCAGAUUGCAGAUGUCCUCAGAGGCAACAGAACCGCAGAGAUUGAACAGUCCCCACUUUAUCUGUGUGUGUGUGUGUGUGUGUGUGUGUGUACUUCUGAUAUUGAUACCUGCUGAUAUACAGAAUACUAUGUCUUUUUUUGUCGUUUCUUUUAGAGCUGUCUUUAGUUUUGUACAUCAUGAAUCAUAAGAAAUAAAGAACUUAAGGAUGACAAAUGGAUGAAAAGUAGUUUUCUAAGACUUUACCUGUAAAUACUGAAAAAAAUAACUUGAAUUCUUGUGCUGUAAUAGAACAGGAAUUCCUACAUGAAUAAAAACUAUUAAAUUAAAUAUUGUAAGAAUUUUUAUACCAUAAAUACUGGAAAUCUUCUCUUUUCUUUUUUACUUAUAUUUAAGAGGUAAUAUUAAGUCCUGAUUGAAAAGCAUUAAUUCUGGGUAUUAACAGUGUCUGUAGGUCUAUUUAAUUCAUCACCUUAAAGUCAUAAUCCUUAAGAUUUUCAUGAAAUUAAACUGUUUCUGAUUCUAUUAAAGGUCAACAUUUUUCAGCAAUAGCCAUUUAAUAUAUUCAUGUGCUUAAUAUAGUAGUUAGUGGUUAGAGUCUGCCAAUGCCGUAUUUCAUUUACCACUACAAACAUAAUAUUUCCUGCUGUUACUUCACAUUAAAAGCAUUUAGCCGGUGAAACAUGGGAUGGCUUUUAUUGUGAAGGGUGCGAUUAUGAUUGACUGAUUCCUUAAUUAAAACAAUAAGAGCUUGUUUGGCUGCACUGUAAAAAUACAGUAUACACUAGUUCCUCCUACAUUGAUUGUUUGACAGAGCAGCUGUUCCGGGAGUUGUCACUGUCACUGUAGUAUUGAUGUUACCACAGUAACCAUGGGUGUUACCAAAUUAACCAGAAAUGAAAUCUUAAGGAUUAAAAGUUUAAGUCCA